CGGCAACCUCUCCAGUCCUACGGUACUCGCGUCAAAACAUGUUCUCUUUCGCUAGGACCCUGAGCUUUGUCGCGCUCGCCGGCCUCGUCGCGGGCCAGGCAGCUGAGUGGGGCCAGUGCGGAGGCAUUGGCUUCACUGGCGCCACCACCUGUGUGGCUGGAACGACUUGCGUCACCCUCAACGCCUACUACUCGCAGUGCCAGCCUGGCGCGGCCGCGCCCGCCCCGACGUCUGCGCCCCAGCCGUCUCCGACUCAGCCUGCUGGCCCUGCGCCGUCGAACCCGUCGACCCCCACGGGUCCCGGCCUCAGCUCGAUCCCGGCGUCGACGCUCCACCAGAUCACGAACUUCGGCGCAAACCCGAACAACAUCGGCAUGUUUGUGUACAAGCCCGCGCGUGUCGCCGCGAACCCGCCGCUCAUCGUCGCCAGCCACUACUGCUCUGGCACUGCUCAGGCUUACUUCACAGGCUCGAAGUUCGCUCAGCUCGCUGAGACCUACGGCUACGUCGUACUCUUCCCCAACUCCCCCCACUCCGGCACCUGCUGGGACGUCUCGUCGGACGCGACGCUUACCCACAACGGCGGUGGUGACUCCCUCGGCAUUGCCUCCGCGGCGCGCUUCGCGAUCGCCAACUGGGACGUUGACGCGAACCGCGUCUUCGCCGUCGGCACGUCCUCCGGCGCGAUGAUGACCAGCGUGCUCGCGGGCGCGUACCCCGACAUCUUCAAGGCGGGCAUCGUUGACUCCGGGGUCGCCUUCGGCUGCUUCGCCGUCCCCGGACAGCCCGACGACAGCUGGAACUCGCAGUGCUCGACCGGCGAGAUGAUCUUGACUGGCCAACAGUGGGCUCAGAAGGUGUAUAACGCGUUCCCCGGCUAUACCGGCGCGCGCCCGAAGAUGCAAGUCUGGCACGGUACUAUCGACACCACGCUCUACCCGCAGAACUUCUGGGAGGAGAUUAAGCAGUGGACGACGGUGUUCAACUACCCAAGCACGCCGGUCUCGAACGUAUCCGAGCCGUACCUCCCGAACGGAUACUCGAACGCGACGUUCGGCCCGAUGUUCCAGGCGAUCCUUGCGCAGAACGUCGGCCACACUGUGCCGCUGUUCGAGCAGCAGUACCUCCAGUUCUUCGGCAUCGCGUAGAGGGAAACUCAGCUGUCCGGGCUUCAAAGCUUUUCUACUUACACGGUACCGACGGUGUUGUUUUUGCACAAAUGAAAUAGUG